UUCUUCUCACUCUUGUAAAGCUUCUGGUAUGGGGGCAGCUCACGAUCUCUCUCUCUCUCUCUAUCCAAAUCUUUGCCUUGAAUUUAUCUGAUCCAUUAUAAUCUGUGGAUAACGAAUGACGAAGAACCCUUGUCCUCCUCUGAUCCAUCAUUGCUGAUAGGUGAUUUUAGCAAAGAAGAAGAAGAAUGGCGAUGCUAGUUGAUCCUCCAAAUGGGAUUAGACAAGAAGGGAAACAUUACUACACGAUGUGGCAAACAUUAUUCGAAAUCGACACUAAGUAUGUUCCGAUCAAACCAAUUGGAAGAGGAGCUUAUGGUGUGGUUUGUUCUUCGAUCAACAUAGAGACCAAUGAGAGAGUUGCCAUUAAAAAGAUCCACAAUGUCUUUGAGAAUCGCAUUGAUGCCUUGAGAACAUUGAGAGAGCUCAAGCUUCUAAGGCAUGUGAGACACGAAAACGUUAUAUCUCUUAAGGAUGUUAUGUUGCCUCCUCAUAGGUAUAGCUUCAAAGAUGUUUACUUGGUCUAUGAGCUUAUGGAUUCUGAUUUGAAUCAGAUCAUCAAAUCCUCUCAGUCUCUUUCCGAUGACCACUGCAAGUACUUCUUGUUUCAGUUGCUAAAAGGGUUGAAGUAUCUUCACUCAGCUAACAUCCUUCACCGGGAUUUGAAGCCUGGGAAUCUCCUAGUGAAUUCAAAUUGUGACCUAAAGAUUUGUGAUUUUGGGCUUGCGAGAACAAGCCGAGCAUUGAUGACAGAGUAUGUGGUCACACGUUGGUACCGAGCACCAGAGCUUCUUCUUUGCUGUGACAACUACGGAACCUCCAUUGAUGUUUGGUCGGUGGGAUGCAUAUUCGCAGAGAUCCUUGGAAGAAAACCGAUAUUCCCGGGAACGGAGUGCCUCAACCAGCUAAAGCUCAUCAUAAAUGUUGUUGGUAGCCAACAAGACUGGGAUCUCCAGUUCAUAGAUAACAAGAAAGCUAGGAGAUUUGUAAAGUCUCUUCCUUUCUCAAAGGGUACUCACUUGUCUAGGAUUUACCCGCACGCAAAUCCUCUAGCUGUAGAUUUGUUACAGAGGAUGCUAGUGUUUGAUCCAACCAAGAGGAUCUCGGUCAGCGAUGCGCUUUCACAUCCUUACAUGGCGGGGCUGUUGGAACCUGAAUGCAAUCCAAGGGAAAAUGUUCCGGUGAGCUUGGAUAUUGAUGAGAAUAUGGAAGAAAGCAUGAUCAGAGAGAUGAUGUGGGAAGAGAUGCUUUAUUAUCUUCCCCAAGCUAAAAAUUAUGAUUUCAUGAAAAAUAGAGCAAAGUAAAACCAUCUCGUUUAUAAUUCUUAGUUUGUCGUGAGUUACUGAGUUUCUGUAUUCGUCUUCCAUGUGUUUUUCUUUGUGUGGAAUGUUAUGGAUAUCAAACGACCAAAGUGUUUCUACGACCA